CAUUUAGUUCUAAAUAUCUCAGGAGAUCAAGAUCCUUUCCCAGCUGUUUCGUUACCUGUCCUUGAGAGUCAUCUUCGGUUCUAGAAGUACCAAUAUUUAUUUCAAUUUCUAAUUCCUGGAGUAUUUGCAACUUCAGCAGCUAUCAUUGAUCAUUUGCUGCUUCUGGAAACAGCAGAAGUAUCUUAUGAUCAUAGAAUAAAAUGGCAGGCAAUCAAAUAAACUAGAUGUGUAAAUUUGUCUUAAAUAUUUGAAAAUUCUGUAGCUUUGAUGCGAUGUGCUCAAAACAGGAUGGAUAUUUCCCCUUCAGAUGAUAUCUUAUCAAAAUGCUGCUUUAGGAAAAAUGAGCUGUUGACUGUUCAUCAAACAGUGAAGGUGAAUGGAUAUGCCAUUGAAGUAAAUCGUGUUAUGGAUUUUGUUCAAAAUGCAGUAUUGUUGAUGUUAAACUAGAGCAGCCUUGCUUUCCUUGGCAUGUUCAGAUGUGUUGAGACUGGAACUUCUAAACUUCUCAAUCAGCAUAACUAAAGAACAGGCUAAGAAUAUAGAGAAUUGAGUCCUGACAAAUAUGCAAGGCACACAAGAUUUCUCCACUGUUGAAUGUAAAGAUCUCCAUGGUAACUCAAACCCCCAGCCUCUUUGUAGCAGCUUGCAAGAAGCAGUUUUCAACAGCUCAAAGGUCUCACGGCCAGAGCGUGGAUCACACUUGCAAGCCUCAUUGUAUUGAGGUGGGGCUAAGAUGAGCAUAACCAGCGAUGAAGUGAAUUUCUUGGUUUAUCGUUACCUCCAGGAGUCAGGUUUUUCCCAUUCCGCCUUUACAUUUGGAAUAGAGAGUCAUAUUAGCCAAUCCAAUAUCAAUGGAACACUAGUGCCACCUGCUGCCCUUAUCUCUAUACUUCAGAAAGGCCUACAGUAUGUGGAAGCAGAGAUAAGCAUCAAUGAGGAUGGUACAGUGUUUGAUGGCAGACCUAUAGAGUCAUUAUCUUUGAUAGAUGCAGUAAUGCCUGAUGUAGUGCAAACUCGGCAGCAGGCUUUCAGGGAGAAAUUAGCACAGCAGCAAGCUAGUGCAGCAGCAGUUGUAGCUACAACAGCAGCAACAGCAACAGCAGUCACAACUACUACAACAGUCACAACAACAGCUGUUGCUGUCCCACAGCAAAAUACACCAAAGACCGGAGAAGCCACUGUGAAUGGAGAGGAGAAUGGGGCGCAUGCAAUAAAUAAUCACUCAAAACCAAUGGAAAUCGAUGGGGAUGUUGAAAUUCCUUCUAAUAAAGCAACAGUUCUUAGGGGUCAUGAAUCAGAAGUGUUCAUCUGUGCCUGGAAUCCUGUCAGUGAUCUACUAGCAUCAGGAUCUGGUGAUUCCACUGCCAGAAUAUGGAAUCUUAAUGAAACCAACAAUGGUAGUUCCACACAACUAGUUUUGAGGCACUGUAUAAGAGAAGGAGGGCAUGAUGUUCCCAGCAAUAAGGAUGUGACAUCACUAGACUGGAAUAGUGAUGGAACACUUUUAGCUACUGGGUCAUAUGAUGGCUUCGCAAGGAUAUGGACAGAAGUUGGAAAUCUUGCAAGCACCUUAGGGCAACAUAAAGGGCCCAUCUUUGCUCUGAAGUGGAACAAAAAGGGCAAUUACAUUUUAAGUGCAGGCGUUGAUAAAACAACAAUAAUUUGGGAUGCUCAUACAGGUGAAGCUAAACAACAGUUUCCUUUCCAUUCAGCCCCAGCCCUGGAUGUAGAUUGGCAGAACAAUACUACUUUUGCAUCAUGCAGCACUGAUAUGUGCAUACAUGUAUGCAGACUUGGCUGCGAUCGUCCAGUCAAAACCUUUCAAGGCCACACGAAUGAGGUCAAUGCAAUUAAAUGGGAUCCUUCUGGUAUGCUUCUAGCAUCCUGCUCAGAUGAUAUGACGUUAAAGAUUUGGAAUAUGAAGCAAGACACUUGUGUACAUGACCUUCAAGCACAUAACAAAGAGAUUUAUACUAUCAAAUGGAGUCCAACAGGACCAGGUACCAGCAACCCAAACUGCAACAUUAUGUUGGCAAGUGCUUCAUUUGAUUCUACUGUUCGGUUGUGGGAUGUAGAAAAAGGAAUCUGCACUCACACGUUAACAAAACAUCAAGAACCUGUCUACAGUGUAGCUUUUAGUCCUGAUGGAAAAUAUUUAGCAAGUGGAUCCUUUGACAAAUGUGUUCAUAUAUGGAAUACCCAGAGUGGGACUCUAGUACAUAGCUACAGAGGUACCGGUGGAAUAUUUGAAGUCUGCUGGAAUGCUAGAGGAGACAAAGUCGGAGCCAGUGCUUCAGAUGGAUCGGUGUGUGUUCUAGACCUGCGAAAGUAAAUAUUUUAGAAGAAACUGCAAAUGGACCAGCAUUGAAUGUAGAGGUAGAAGCACUCUUCAAACGUACUUUUAACCUCUCUGGAAUGGCAAAAACUGGGGGAAAUAAACAGAAGUAGAACUAAACAAAUAAUGCAUUUCUCCCAGGCAAAAGGAGCUUGCAAUGUUUUGUCCAUCAACCUUCAUCAAGGUUUUAAAACAAAAUCACUUGGGGAGGGGGGAUUUUUCCACUAUGAGCCUACAGCCUUUGGAGGCAAGCAAGAAGGUGGCCAUCAACAGCUAAACCUGCUGUUUGCUGGGGUCAGAUCUCUGAGGCCUCAUUUUGACAGCUGCUAAAAAGAAGAGGAAAAGCUGUGCCAAAAACAAUAACAAUUAAAAGGAAAACAAAAUCUAUGAAGCGAAAUGCUUUGAUAAACCAAAAUGGGAAAAAAUUCUCCUCCAUGUGGUAUUGCAUUGUUUUUCUUUCUAGUUUGGACACUACAAUUGCUCUCCCAAAGGACAUUCAAAAACCAGUUUGUAUUGAUGAUACACUCAAAUUUGUAAUCCCAACACUUUGUAUUUUCUAGACUACUGUUAUUUGUUCAGUGAUUUUUUUCUUAUCAGCUGGAAUGUUACAGCCUUGACAAUAAUAGGCAUAGGUUCAAAUUGAAUGUCUCUUUCUCUCUCUCUCUCUCUCUCUCUCUCUCUCUCUCUCUCUCUCUCUCUAUCUAUCUAUCUCUUUAUCUCUCUCUCUCUCUCUCUCUCUCUCUCUCUCUCUCUCUCUCUCUCUCUCUCUCUCUUUCUCUCUCUCUCACCAACUUUUUGCUUUGUCCUUUCCAUUUGUGCCAAGUUAAUGCAGAGGGCAGAUGGGCAUCAUUAGUGACUGCUUCUAUUUUCCAUUUCUUCUCUUCCAACCUACCCCCAUCUUUUCUCUUUUCUUUAUCCUCUGAUUCUGCUACUUCUUUAAUGUUUCCAUUCUUCAGAUCUUGAAAUCUGAAGGGCACUUUCAAAAAAUUGUGUAUUAAGUGCUUUAGGUGCCGGAAAAGCUUUUUACAGAAGAAAGAUUACUUUUUAAAGAAAGAAAGAGCCCCAUGUAUUUUUGGAAUAAGAAAUAAAGGUUGUAGUAUUUUUAUGUUAAAACAUAAUUUUAGAAACUUAAAAUAUCUAACAGAUGUGGAUUGGAUUGUGUUCCAUCAUUUAAAAGAACAAUUCAGAUGAAUCCCUAUUUAAAGAUGCAGUAUCUUUUUAAUCUUCAUGAAAGGCAGUUUUGCCUAUACUUCUUUUAAAAAGACUCUUUAAAUUAAUCGUGCAAGUAGUAAAAUAUUCCAUGGCAUACAGUGAGGGAAAGACGUAUAUGAUCCCCUGCUGAUUUUGUAUGUUUUCCCACUGACAAAGAAAUGAUCAGUCUGUAAUUGUAAUGGUAGAUGUAUUUUAACAGUGAGAGACAGAAUAACAACAAACACAUUUCAAAAAAGUUAUCAAUUGAUUUGCAUUUUAAUGAGUGAAGUAAGUAUGUG